AUGGAUUGGCACAGUGGAAGCAGAAAUGGAUUCAAGGGUAACAAUCGUCAGGUUGGGGCAGGGCCGGCCUUGAAGAGGUCAUUUGAGGUCGAGGAGGUAGAGACGCCCAAUUCCACGCCACCCCGGAGGGUGCAGCCGCCCCUCCUUCGAGCCACAGUGGCUGGCUCCACCCAGAAGUUCCAGGACCUGGGGGUGAAGGGCUUGGAGCAGACUCGCCAUGUAGACUCCUACAGUCAACGAUCCCCCAAGGCUGCCCUGCGGAGGGUCGAGCUCCCGGGGUCCAAGACGGCCGAGCCUGUGUCCAGACGCACCGAGCUCUCCAUCGACAUCUCAUCCAAGCAGGUGGAAACCACUCCUGGGCCGGCCCGCUUCGGGCUCAAGCGGGCUGAGGCGCUGGGCCACAAGACGCCUGAGCCGGCCCCUCGCAGGACGGAGAUCACGCUAGUCAAGUCUCAGGAGGCAGCCCACCGGCGGAUGGAGCCCCCAGCCUCCAAGGCCCUCGAGGUGCCCACCGUCCCUGCUGCCGACGCUGCCCCCAAGAGGGUGGAGAUCCAGGUGCCCAAGCCAGCGGAGGUGCCCGCCGCCCCCACGCCCUUCCAGCCCCUGGAGAAUUCGGAACCCAACUUGGGCUCUCAGCUGCAGAGCCGUCUGGAGUCCAGACCCUUGCCCACUGCGGUGGAGACCCCGCCCCGGAGCCUGGAGUCCUCCGAGGUGGCUCCAGGCAGCACUGGCGACAUGGCCGACACCCCCAGGGACACUGGGCUCAAGGCCCCCGCACCACGGAAUGAGAAGGCGCCCGUGGACUUUGGCUACGUGGGCAUCGACUCGAUCCUGGAGCAGAUGCGUAGGAAGGCCAUGAAGCAGGGCUUUGAGUUCAACAUCAUGGUGGUUGGGCAGAGUGGCUUGGGGAAAUCCACCUUAAUCAACACCCUCUUCAAAUCCAAAAUCAGCCGGAAAUCAGUUCAGCCCAGCUCAGAAGAGCGCAUCCCGAAAACCAUCGAGAUCAAAUCCAUCACACAUGAUAUCGAAGAGAAGGGUGUCCAGAUGAAGCUGACAGUGAUUGACACACCAGGGUUCGGGGACCACAUCAACAAUGAGAACUGUUGGCAGCCCAUUAUGAAGUUCAUCAAUGACCAGUAUGAAAAGUACCUUCAGGAGGAACUCAACAUCAACCGGAAGAAGCGAAUACCUGACACUCGUGUACACUGCUGCCUGUACUUCAUCCCUGCCACCGGCCACUCUCUCAGGCCGCUGGACAUCGAGUUCAUGAAGCGUCUGAGCAAAGUGGUCAACAUUGUCCCGGUCAUUGCCAAGGCUGACACGCUGACCCUGGAGGAGAGGGUCUACUUCAAACAGCGGAUCACAGCGGAUCUGCUGUCCAAUGGCAUCGAAGUGUACCCCCAAAAGGAGUUUGAUGAGGACUCAGAAGACAGGCUGGUGAACGAGAAGUUCCGUGAGAUGAUUCCGUUUGCUGUAGUGGGCAGUGACCAUGAGUACCAAGUCAAUGGGAAGAGGAUCCUGGGACGAAAGACCAAAUGGGGCACUAUUGAAGUGGAGAAUACUACACACUGUGAGUUUGCCUACCUGCGGGAUCUACUCAUCAGGACACACAUGCAAAACAUCAAGGACAUCACCAGCAGCAUCCACUUCGAAGCGUACCGGGUGAAACGUCUUAACGAGGGCAACAGUGUCAUGUCCAAUGGCGUGGAGGGCGACGGGCCGGAAGGCCAGGAGAUGUAG